AUGCGGGAAAACAGCCGUGAGGGCCUCAUCUGGGACGAUAAUGGCCUGGGCCCCGAGCCCCGAUGGACCCGGGACCCAGAUCUCCGCGCCGUCUUGCGCGUCUGUCGUCGGCAACUCGGCAUCCCCGACCCAGCUCCUCCCAGCGAGUAUGGCCCAAGAAACAGAGGGGAUGCCGAGCACGAGGGGGACGACAGACUCAACGUGACCUUUCACGCAGACGGAACCUUCAACAAACUCUACCGCGUCACCACUACCAAUGCCCCCAAUACAUCUAAUACCCGCCACUUCAUCCUACGCGUCUCUCUUCCUGUCGACCCGCGCAACAAAACCCUCGGCGAGGCCGCGACACUGGAACUGGUUCGCCACAAGACCGACAUACCCGUGCCCAGGGUGGUCGCGUUUGAUGAGACGCGCAACAAUGAAAUCGGGUACGAAUGGCUGCUGAUGGAUUGCAUGACCGGUGUGCCGGCGCAUUACCGCUGGCGCAAGAUGUCGAUGCGGGAAAAGGAGGUGCUGACGGUGAGAGUGGCGGAUUUUCAGGCGCAGUUGUUGCGAUGUGGUGGCUUUGGUGAUGGGUUCCGCGAGAUUGGGACAUUAGGGACGGUCGGGGGUGAUUCUGAAGGGAGCCAACAAGGGGCUACUGCUGCUGCUUCGGCGACGCCUGAACCGGGCCCCGUGGUGUCGAGUUUCUUCUUCCUAGGCCAGCGGUACUACUACCCUAUCUCGCGGGGUCCGUUCAGUUGCAGCCAUGAUUGGCUCCGCGCGCAGCUGAGUAUCAUCAUCAAGGAGCACACCACGGCGCUAGGGCAGGCCAAUAGCGAGCUGGAUAAAGAGUAUGCGGAGUGUGCGCUGCGAGUAGCUAGGAAGCUGUUGCGGAUGCUGCACAAGAUCUUCCCGUCGGUGAUACAUCCACCAGAGAGGACAGUGCUGUGGCAUGACGACUUGUCGCUGAAGAAUAUCCUAGUGAGCCCGAACGGGGCGGUGACGGCUGUUAUUGGGUGGUAUGUUCAUUCUCUUUUCGUUUUUGUCCUUCGUUUCCCCUUUCCCUCCACUUUUCUUUCUCUGGGAGAAAGCGAGAGAGAAAAGUACACUAACACACCCAGGGAAUGUGCCUCGGCCAUGCCACGCUGGGUGGCCUCGCAAAUGCCCGAGUUUCUCCGCGGUACCGUGCGGAACACAAAACCGGAUCGCAACUGCUACACCGACGUCGAGAAGGGUCUCUUCACAGCGGGCGCGAAUGCUGCGGACGACCCUGACGACGGGCUCGACAACGAAGGCAAGACGGAGCUGUACUGGAUUCACCUGAUGGAAUACGAGCAGACGCAGCUACGCAGGGUGUACGAGGCGCGCAUGCGGCAUCUCCGACCGGAGUGGGACAUGGAAGUGGAAGAAGGCGCGUUGAAAGUGGAUUUCCUCGGGGCCGUGUCCCGGUGUGGUUCGGGGUUUUAUCUCCGCCGGAUCGAGCAGUGGGUAGACGCCAUCGAGCGCAAGGAGUACCUCCCGCUCAUGGAAGUACUGAGGACUGGGAUUAAGAAGGAGUCGAAGGAAAAGCCAGCAACGGCUACCGCGAUGACGAAGGCGGUGAAAACACUCUCGCUCGUAAGCAGAUUAUCUUGA